GCUUUCUCUGUCAGGGGAGCUAAUAAAAAUUACUUUUUUGUGUGUGUUAAAACAGAUUCAGUCUAAGUACUAAUGAAAGACGCUUUUUUUGAGCAUUGAUUAACAUCAAGUAUCAAGUUACAUCAUGUCUGAAAACAGUGAUAAGCCACCAGCCCCACCAGUCAGACUUGAAAGUACAAGGAAUGUACCCACUUUACCAAAAGUAGCGCCUCCUAAAAGAAUUCCUGGAAAUCCUCUAGAAAGCAUGCCAUCUUUGAUUUCAAGCAGAGAAACACUAUCUCAAGAUUAUAAACCACUACCUAAAGAACCAGACAGCAGAGAAGAGAAAAAGAAAAAAAUCAUCAAAGGAAGUAAAGUUACAAAACUACCAAAUGACAAGCCUGUUAUAUCUUUUCCUUCCAACUUUGAGCACACUGUUCAUGUUGGCUUUGACCCACAUACUGGAGAGUUUACUGGGAUGCCAGAAUCAUGGGCAAAAUUGUUGCAGUCUGCAAAUAUUUCCAAAUCAGAACAAAAGAAAAAUCCACAAGCUGUACUAGAUGUUCUAAACUACUAUGAUACCUCAUCUAAAGAGCGUCAAGAUGAAAAGUUUAUGCUCAAUGUAAAUUCUUCUAGUGCAAGCUCAUCCAAGUCAAAUCUUUCAGAUAAGCUCUCGGCUAUGGUUGUUAUAUCACAGAUGAAACAGGAUUCAAGCCCAACAGCCUCAGGGGAUGGGGAAGAAGAAGAAGAGGAUAACCCACCACCACCAAUGCCAGCACGACCAGAUAAAACUAAAUCUAUUUAUACAAAACCAAUAGAGCAGGAUGAAAAGUCAGGAGAUACUGGAGUUGAUAAUAAAAUAGAAAAGCCCAAAAAGGCUAAAAUGACAAGUGAAGAAAUAAUGGAGAAAUUGAGAACCAUAGUUUCCAUUGGUGAUCCAAACAGAAAAUAUACCAAAAUGGAAAAAAUUGGACAAGGAGCUUCAGGUACUGUGUACAUAGCUGUAGAAGUGGCCACAGGAAGAGAAGUGGCUAUUAAAACAAUGAAUCUAUCUCAACAACCAAAGAAAGAAUUGAUAAUUAAUGAAAUUCUUGUGAUGAGGGAAAAUCAGAAUCCAAAUAUUGUCAAUUACUUAGAUAGCUACUUGGUAGGAGAAGAAUUAUGGGUUGUUAUGGAGUUUUUGGCUGGUGGAUCUCUAACUGAUGUUGUUACAGAAACUUGUAUGGAUGAAGGUCAGAUAGCAGCUGUAUGUAGGGAGUGUUUACAAGCACUAGAAUUUUUACAUGAUAACCAAGUGAUACAUCGAGAUAUCAAAAGUGAUAAUAUACUUUUGGGCAUGGAUGGAAGUGUUAAACUAACUGACUUUGGCUUUUGCGCUCAGUUAUCUCCUGAGCAGAGCAAAAGGUCAACAAUGGUUGGAACACCAUACUGGAUGGCACCUGAGGUUGUCACUAGAAAACAAUAUGGACCUAAGGUUGACAUCUGGAGUUUAGGAAUAAUGGCAAUUGAAAUGAUAGAAGGAGAACCCCCAUAUUUGAAUGAAAAUCCUUUGAGGGCAUUAUAUCUUAUAGCUACAAAUGGAAAGCCAGAAAUUAAAGAAAAAAGUAAACUGUCCCCUGUCUUCCAAGAUUUUCUUGACAAAUGUUUGGAUGUAGAUGUAGAUAAAAGAUCUUCUGCAUCAGAGUUGCUCAAGCAUCCAUUUUUACGACUAGCUAAACCAUUGGCAAGCUUAGUGCCAUUAAUAAUGGCAGCUAAAGAAGCACAGAAAAGUGGCCAUUAAGAAGGAAACAAUUUAUCAUAUCAUGUCACAGAAAUGGAUGACCUCAAGACUUUUCUCUUUUACCAUUUUGAUCUGCAAAUGUAUCAAGAGAAUUAUUUCAUUCAUACAAAUGAUCUUCCCAUAAAUGCAAAGGACUCCAGUCAAUGAUAAAUUUGUUGGAUUUUUAAAAGCAUUUUUGUCUGCAGUAAUGCUAACAGCUUUAUAAAGCUAUUUAUUUUAACAAAUUUGGAAAUGAAAAACAACUAUUAACCUUACUAAUAGCGAUGCUUAUUUGUUUUAAUUCUUUAAGACCGAAAUGACGCUCCCAGCAGUUGACAGGCUGGCCUGCCAUAACGUAACGACGCUCCCAGCAUCCUAUAAAAUUUUCUCUAUUUAAUUAGUUGUUUUUCAGAAUCCAAGUUUUUAAUCAGAAAUCUAGGUCAUGAUAACGCUAGAGCGGCCAUUUUUGGUUGUAUUUACUUCUUGCAGUUUUUUCAUUUGGUUGAUUUUUGUAUUUUAUUAAAAAAAAAUUGUUUAAACAACUUGCAAAACAGCAUUUUUUAACACUGCCAAAUGCCGUUCUAAUGAGUUAAAUUAUAACUAAAAAAUAUGGCGCUUUUAUAAACUUAAAAAUAGGUUUCAAACUUUAACUUUAUUCACAACUCAUUUAAGACUUGUCAUCUUAAGAAUAUGAUCAUACAGUUAUCACAUUUUUUAAUGAAAUGUUUGUUUUAUAUGUACCUAGGCAUCAAGAAGUUGAGCAAAAGGCAUGUUAUAGCUUACUGAAAAUGUUAUGAGUUAGAUUUCUGGUAAAAAUGUAAUGGCUUCCAAUGUGAGUUGUAGCUAUAAACCUACACAACUUUGAUUGGACUUAAGUAAAUGUGGCUACACAUUUCUUUUACUUUUAUAUACUUUUAGUAAGGAUUAGCAAUAUUUGUCUGCCUUACGGUACUUUAAUACCCAGUUCUUCCAAUGACUUUUUAUCAAUGUACAAGCUAUAUUGUACUCAUCAUUAAAUAAAAUGCAUGUGUUUUAGUUAACUUGAUAUGUGAAGGUUCUUGCUGCACUAUAAAUCCUACAAUAAAUACUUUGAGGGCUAAGCUAGAAUAUUUGGAUAAGCUCAUAAUAAUGUUAUACAAACUACGUCAGUGAACUAGUUUUUAACAGACACCAUAGCCAAGAAGCUAACCAAUAGAUAUUAUUUCCAUACAUUCAAGAAACAAAUAUGAAAACACCAGUUGACAACUAAUAUAUUUAAUUUUUAAUCAAUUCGAUUUUUAGUCUUAAAUCAGCAUUGUAAUUGAAGUAACAGAGCCUGUUGUUUACUUUAAUGUCUUUUCUUAUUACUAUUGAGCAGUAUUCUUUUUACUGGUGAACAUUGAUGGGCUUGUUCUGAUGGUGUUAACAGUACCUAUGAAAAAUAUUCCUACUUUAGAUUGGUAAACAUUAUUUUAACUAUGUUGGUCUUCAAAUAAAUAUUUCUUUAACUUCUUUACAGUUACAUUUUUGUAUAUAGAAGUUCAUUACCUACAGAUAGCGCCUAACUUUCGAUGUUGUUUUUAUGGUACAACACAUUUUAAUGUAAAUAAAAAAAAUUAUGGUCAUGAGUUUGCUGUACAUCAUAUAUUAUUCAUGAAGCAAUUAAUUAUAAUUAUUUUACUAGUACUAAUUUAUGACUUUUCAAAAUAAAGACUAAUUUUAAAUUCCAGAGCACAAACUACUGUUACGAUUGCAACAAUUUCUUUUUACAUUAUCAUUAGUUAGACGACACUAGUAUUGAAAUUAAUAUCUUGCUAAAUUAUUUAUUAAAUUGUUUGUUUUUAUUAAAAAUAAAUAGGUUGCUUUAAAAGUUAAAAGGCUGUAUGUAAGUUGUUGUAUUUUACAAAAUAUAUGUAGUUCAGAAAAAUGUUGAAAGGUUUAACAAAAACUUACAAAUAAUUUUACUCACAAAGUAAUUUUAUUAGAUGAUUUUGGUUUCACUGAAGUUGAAAACUGGCAUUAUAAACUUACACUACACUCACUACUUCCUUUCAUAUAUGAAACAGUUGUGUGAUCUCAUUGAAUAAAAGAAAUGUACUAAGCACAUUUGAAUCAUUCAGGGGUGUGGUUUCAGCAUUAAGGUAAAGGCCUAUUCUAUGAAUGUGCUCUCACCAUUGUUGAACCUCUUCCUGAAAGAGCUUUCUGAACUCACUUGGUAGGACAAUUUACUCCACUUAAUUAACUAAGUAACUUCAUGCAUCUUCACUAUAAAUUACAAUUAAAAAACUUUGGUUUGUAAAAGUUUUUAAAUUUAGUUUAAUGAUUUAGAAUUAUUCAGAUCAUUUUGUGCUUUUUAAAAAAAUUUUGCUGGUUAUUAUGGUUUUUAAUUUCGGUUUUGAAAAAAAUUACCAGUAGGAAAUGUUUAUUUAUUAUGAAUGACAUAAAUGUAUUUGAAUUGUAUGCUGAUAUUAUUAUGUGAUUAAUGCUUCAAUAAACAUUGUGUACACAUUAUUGUUUGUUUCUGCCAUCCUAGGAACAAUUUUAAAAUGUUGAGUACAAUAAAAUUUGCUCUGCUUUGGGUUAAGAAAAUUUAUUGUGAGCUAUGUCAAUAUCAGAACCUUUCAGCAUUACAAGAUUCUUUCAUUAUUUUGAAGUUUUUCUUUCCUUUGUAAUACAAAAAAAUUGAGAAUUUUAUCUAGUUUCAGCUUAUAUCAUCCGAAAGUUGGGGCGCUAAGCAACAAAAAAGUUGACAGUUAACAUCCUUAGAAAAAAAUAGGGUUAAAAGGAACCACAUUUGACUCUUUAACAAUGCUUUAAUUUGCUAGUGCUUGUAUAUUUUUUAAAGCACUGUAUUCUUGCUGUAAUUCUGUUAAUGAAUAUAUUUACACUUGCUUAAGUUAAGGUGCUAUCAAUUUUUAAUAAGCUUUUUAUGUAUAUUACUCAUAAUUUACAAUUUUUAAAAAUUUCUCUUUAUUCACUCCAUAAUUUUUGUAUAAAAAUGAGUGUAAAUUACUGAAUAGUGUAUAUAAAAUUCCAUUUUUUUCAUGUCUAAUUUUGUUUCAGUAGUGGCCAAUGGAACCAAUUUGUAAAGUCUUAAUUUCAACAUUUUCUAUUUGGUUUCAUGCAAGAUUGUAUGUAAUAAAUCAGGUGAGACAGGUUAUGAUUUAUUAAAAUAAUUCAGGGUUCAAAAGCUUGCAUAAAUUUCAAUGUUUGACCCUCAACAAUUUGGAAAGAAAAUAGUCUUAAAAUAUGGUAAAGCAUGGCCAAAGACAUUUUUUGAAAUUCAUAAAUAAUCAGGUUUCAAAAAGUAGCAGUCAAUUAAAAACUUAAAGUAUAUCAGUUGAAAAAAUACACUAAGUGCUCUUUUUGUUUAUAUGAUACAUGGUCUAAAAAGGCUCCUUUCCAGCUAAUAUAGACCAAAACUGUUAAAUAAUGAUUUGCAACAUCAAGAGAAUCAUGAGCUAUGCAACUGUUGCAUACAAUAUUUUUUUCAUUGCUCAAUGUGCACUCAGUUUUAAAAAGCUGUGCUAUUAUAUAUUAUUUUGAUAUUCUAUGUAACUGUCAAUUACUGUCAUGUAGUUUUACAAAAAAAAAAAAUAGUUCCCAUGAAGCAGACAAAUAUAAUAGUAUGCUCUGUGGAUUGUUUUGUUCUUUUUGUUUUUUGAAUGCUGAGGUUGCUAAAUCCAUUGCAUGAGCAUAAAAUUAAAUAUACUAACCAAAAAAAAGGUGUUCAUAACAAGUUAUGUUCUUUUCUUGUGCUUGAAAUUAUUUGUAUGUGUUUUAAAAAUUGAGAUAAAAUCAUAUAUAGCAUGUGGCUUUAUUCAAAACAGUGUGGCCAAACAAAAUUGUUUUUAACAUCAAUACUCAGUUCAUCAAUUGUUCAUGACUUGUACUAUUUUUCUCUCUCUGAGUAGCUCCUAACUGAAUUUUGAUACCUAAAUUCUUUCACAAUUCCUGAUAUAUUAAAAUGUAUGAAUAAACAGUGCAC